CAUCAAAGCUUUGCUGCUAAAAUGGCAGCAAAAGAUGGAGCUAAGGAGAAAGACAAAGACAAAGAAAAAGAUGAAAAGAAAGAAAAGGAGAAAGAUGGUGGAGUAAUCAAUGCUGUUUACAAAGUCAACCUGCACUGCCGGCAAUGUGGACGUGAGAUCAAGAAGCCACUUAUGGCUACCCCAGGGGUUCACAAUGUAGAGGUAGAUAUGGAGAAAGGAGAGAUAAAGGCAAAAGGCGUUUUCGACCCAGUACAAAUUCAGAAACGGCUAGAGAAGCUUUGCAAGAAAAAGAUUGAGUUGGUAUCACCCAAAAUUCAGAUCAAGGAAACCCCCGUUAUAGAGAAAAAAAUAGUGAAGGAACCAAAAGAACCUAUUUCACGGACAAUAUUGGUGAAGGUAAACAUGCAUUGCAACAAAUGUGAGCAAGAUCUGAAAAAGAAGUUAAUAAAGAGAAAAGGUAUUCACAAUGUUAAAACUGACAUGAAAGCACAAACUCUGACAGUGGAAGGAACAAUCGAGCCAGAAAAACUAGUAUCGUAUUUACGAAAAAAGGUGCACAAACAUGCAGAAAUUGUGCCCCCAAAACCAGAGAAAAAGGAAGAAACAAAAGAGAAGGAGAAGGGUGCCUCAAAACCAGAAGAGAAAAAGGAAGAAACAAAAGAGAAGGAAAAGGGUGCCUCAAAACCAGCAGAGAAAAAGGAAGAAACAAAAGAGAAGGAGAAGGGCGCCUCAAAACCAGCAGAGAAACAGGAGGAAAAGAAAGAGAAAGAGAAAGAGAAAGACAGUGGUGAGAAAUCUUCUGAACCAAUCACCAGGGUCGUAGAAGCGAAGGAAGAUAUGCAGGUGGUGGAGGUUAAACCAAAAGAGAGCAACGCUCCAUAUUUCAUUCACUAUGUCUAUGCUCCACAAACGUUUAGUGAUGAAAAUCCAAAUGCUUGUUAUAUAAUGUAAAUAGGUGGGGAUAGA